AUGGCCAACGAUGAUGGGUCAGCAAACACCAAUCAAUCCUUGGUGUCAGGAGGCUCCAAAACUACCACACAAAUCGUCACUUUGCAGAGUGACACCUCCAACUUCUCCGCAGGAAUCAAACUGGAUGAGAAUAAUUAUUCUCUAUGGCAUCAAAUCAUAGAGAUGAAGAUAGCUGGGCGAGAAAAACAUGGCCACUUGACUGGUGAUAUUGCCCAACCUGCAGACACAGAUCCCACAUUUAAUAAAUGGCAUGCAUCGGAUUGCCAAGUCAAGAGUUGGUUGUUCGACGCCAUGCAACCUAAUCAGAUUAAACGAUUUAUUCGUUAUGACACAGCAAAGCAAGUCUGGGCUACAAUCAAGCAAACCUAUUCAGAUGGUGCUGAUGAAGCCAAGAUUUAUGACCUUCACAGACGAUCAUUCAUAAUGAAGCAAGCUGGCGCAUCAGUUGCCAAAUAUUACAGUGAGCUCACUGAGAUGUUUCAAGAGCUUGAUCAAUUAAGUCCAAGCACCAUGGAGCAUCCGAAAGACAUUGAGACUAGACGCAAAGAGGUUGAUUGUCUCCGAGUUUAUAUAUUUCUUGUAGGUUUGGACAAUAAUUUCGAUCAAAUCCGAGGAGAGAUUUUGAGGAUUGAGCUAAAGCCCGAAUUGGAGGUCGCAUAUGCACGUAUUAAAAGAGAGAGUAACCGACAGGGAACCAUGUCUGAAGCUAGUGUAACCUCCGAAGCCACAGCCUUGGCUACUGCGAGGUCUAAACAAUCUCGACCGAACAACUAUAAUGUCGACCCUACUCGUAACCGGCCUCCAAUGAAUUGUACCAAAUGUGGUUUAGAUAACCAUACAAUUAAGGGCUGUUAUAAGAUCAUUGGUUAUCCAGAAGGAUGGGUCCACAAAGGGCGCAAAAAGGAUUCGUCUAUAGCCUCAUUUGCAUCCGCUCAGUCAUCCGAGGAGACUGCAUCAGAACCUCCAUUAGGUACAUCUGGCUCCAAGGCCUUGGCCACCUCAGGUACCUCUUGCACAUCUUCACUUACUUGUAAUAGAUCAUGGAUUAUUGACACUGGCGCUACUGAUCACAUGACAUCUAGUUUUACUGGGUUGCACUCUACCAAACCAUCAAGCCAAACACAUAUUACCAGUGCCAAUGGAACCACCUCCCAAGUUAUGGGAGAAGGGUCUUUAUCUCUUACAUCCUCAUUAAGUCUUGAUCAUGUCUUAGUUGUCCCUUCACUCGACUAUGACUUGUUAUCUGUUCCUCAAAUCAUUGAUUCCCUUAAUUGUACCGUGUGUUUUUGGCCAUUAUAUUGUCUGUUUCAGGAUCUUCUCACUAGGACCGUGAUUGGAUGUGGUACUAUGAGGGGAAAGUUGUAUUAUCUGGACUUGACAGAAGACAACUAUACAAGAUUGAGUCACGCACAUCAUGUGAGAAGAGAUGAGUCUAUCAGGAUGAAGAAAAUGUGGCUAUGGCAUAGACGAUUAGGGCAUGCUUCUUUUGGUUAUCUGAAACUUUUAUUUCCAUAUUUGUUUUCCCAGUUUGCUGAAUCAAACUUUCAUUGUGAAACUUGCAUUUUGGCCAAAAGCCAUCGUAUUUCUUACCCAUUAAGAUUGAAUAAAAGUUCUAUGCCUUUCAUGAUUGUCCAUUCUGAUGUUUGGGGACCAUCACGAGUUCCCACUAUUAGCGGUUUUAAGUGGUUUAUGAUGGUUAUUGAUGAUUGCACCCGGAUGACCUGGGUUUUUCCCCUAAAGCAGAAAAAUGAAGUCACCGCCAAAUUCAAGUUAUUUUAUCAAUAUGUUGCUACUCAGUUUGAGAAGAAAAUCACUACACUUCGGUUUGACAAUGAAGGAGAGUACGACAACCAUGACCUACAUAAUUUUUUAAUUCAACAUGGAAUUGUUCAUCAAACCACAUGUGCUUAUACACCACAACAGAAUGGCGUCGCAGAGCGUAAGAAUCGUCAUCUCUUGGAGGUUGUUAGUGCCUCUUUAUUUGAGGCCCGUAUGCCUCAUCAUUUUUGGGGGGAGGCUCUUUAUUCUGCUGCUUACCUCAUUAAUAGAACACCAUCCAGCACUCUUCAGUAUCAAACUCCAUUUCAGACAUUGACCACUCUCCUCACCAUGCCAUCCACACCAAAUCUCGAACCACGUCUCUUUGGUUGUGUUGCUUAUGUUCAAGUGUAUCCACAUCAGCGUGGCAAGCUUGAUCCGUGUGCACUGCGUUGUGUCUUUGUGGGUUAUGCUGACACUCAGAAGGGCUAUAAGUGUUUCCACCCUCCCACUCAGACCAUGCAUGUUACCGCAAAUGUGACUUUCCACGAGAGUGAGUUCUAUUACUCAGGGGGAGUUUCUAAGCAUCCUCUGCAGGGGAGAGCUCUAUCUUUGCAGAAGAUACUCAGAGCAUCCAAAUUCAACAAAAUGUUUAGAGCAGUUAGUGUCUGA